UGUUCCUUGGAAUGUCUCGUUGCUUACAGUUCUCCAUUACUCAUGUUGAUUAUAAACGUAAAGAUCCUGUAUUCUGGAUAGACGUUGAUACAACUAUAACCAAGUUUAAACAAAAGCAGAAAAGAAUACCGAGAUACUACAGCGAACUCCAAAAGCUUCAUAGCCAACUUGUGUCUACACUUAACGACGUCUGGAUACCCGCUUUGCCUGCUUGCCCUAUACCUCGAUUUGAUAAAGGAGGCAAUUUAUUGCCAAGACAAUGGUGGUUAACGAUCAAGCUAUCCAACGAAUCAAAAGAUAUCACAGUCGAACGAUCAGAUCCACCUGAAUACAGAGUACAGCUCUGGAUGAGCAGAAUAGCAAAGCAUGAGCGAGUUCAGCAGAGUGAGGUCUUGCGGGAAUUCGUAGAAAGUGAAGUAGGGUUUAGGCCAACUUUUAAGGUACACAAAUUAAGUAAGCCUUUGUUGACCUAUGUCUCUGAGCAAGAUAUGGACCCUGAAUUUACAUUUUGGACUAACCGGCUAAGUAUCGUUUUACAUCAACUUCAUCAAUGGCUUAUUCAAAAUAACAAGUUUGUUCAAGAGCAUAAAGCCAUGUCAGAUGGUUGGAUAAACUUGUCCUCUUCGUUUGUAUCAUUUGGUGCAAUGGAAGGGAAUCCGGAGUUAUUUAUAUCAUAUAAAUCAUUAGCAAAAGCAUACCAGCAACUAUACGAUAUACAACGCUCACAAGCUUUAGUGAUCUAUGAGACAGUCAUGAGUGAAAUAAGUUGUCAGAUAAAAAAUACAGAAGCUGCGCAGAACGCCAUGCAACGUAGAUUGAUUGCUCUAUCUGAAUAUAUCUCAAGUCGAAAGCACACUGAGUCAUGUCUAAGACAGGUUGAAAGAUUAAAAUCGUCUAUCAACAUUGAUAGAGAGAGAGCCAAUGAAGCGAUCACUUUACUGGAGAAUGCUAAAAUUAAUGAGAGAGGGUCUUUACAACAUUAUGAAAGGAUCGAUGGCCAUCUGAGAGAGGAUAUUGAGUUCAGAUACAAACCAAAUCUAUCCAAGGAUAUAAAGAGGGCCCUAAGGGAAUAUGCGACAGGUCAGCUCUAUUUGGAAAAAAAGAAGCUGAUGAUUUGGCAGGAGAUUUUGAAUGAAAAUAAAGUAAUCGCCCUUUUGUAA